GAGGGAGCAGGAGGAGAGAACUCCUCACACACUGUUAUCACGCGCGUCGGGCUGCAGGAGAGGUACAGUACAGUUGUCAGAGGGAGGAUUCGGGCUUUCCCGUUACCGGAGCAGCAUGACCUUAACGGCUGUUCGUGGCUCGUCAACCGUGGUGAUCACGCAGAGGACAGAGGAUUGACAGACAGGCGCUCAGGGUGAAGACACCACAGAAAGUUCGGGUUUGUGUGUCGGUGACCGUGUAAAAACAUGAGCACAUCGCUUACGCAUGCGUCCUGACUUGUCGAGAGACUUCUCUUACGGGUGAUUACAAACGCCCUCUGCCUGCAGGGUGAUGGGCUGCAGGCUUCCUAAGCUGCGGAGGGAGGGGGAGGAGAGGAGUCCCGGGAAGAUUUUUUCAACCCUCCGACGGCCACAGGUGGAGACCAAGGUGGGCGUGGCCUACACCUACCACUUCCUGGACUUCCUGCUGGGGAAAGAAGAGGUGUCUGUGUCGUCAGUACUGUGUCUGUCGUCAGUGAGAGAGUUACCAGUCCAGGUGAGGGAGCUGUAUGGUCAGGGCUUUGUCCUGGUGGCCGUCCAUCCCUUCGUCCACCCCUGUGGCCCCAGACCCGCACGCGUCCAACGCCAGCUACACAGAGCUGUCCUCAUCAGAGAGACACACAGUUCAGAGAAGUCCCAGCUGAUGUGGGCAGGCCGUCGCCUGGAGACAGACGUGUGUGUGGCGGGUCAACAGGCCCCCGACCCGGAUGUCAUCCAGAACUACGUGAAGAAGAUCCAGGAUGCGGCAGAGCAGGGUGUUCUGUUUGUGGGCUUCCUGCAGCAGCCUGGUGGGGGACCCUGUUUCCUGGGGCACAUAGACCCUGAAGACCUGUCCUCCCUGCACUCCAGCCCCUCCCCCAUACGCAGACACCCCACCAGUACCACUAUCAGCACUACGGCCAGCCCCUCAGAACCCACUAUACCAGACCUCAUCCCUACAGAGUCUACGGAACCCCAUCAGAACCUCUUAGAACCAGAACACGACCGGAACACAGAACUGAAGACACCAGAAUACAAGUCGGUAGAACUCAGAACAAUUGAACAGAUUCCUACGGAUACCAGUCAGGUGGAACUGGACUUGUGCUCAACAGAACUGGUAGAGAACACACAGGACUCUACUGAAGUAGAAUCAACAGACAGGGAACACAAUCAGACAGGGAACACAGUCAGAAUACCCUCAAUAGAGGAUCAACCAAACCAUAGUCCAGAUGACGCAGCAGACCCACCAGAGAGACUGCAGAGUCCCAGCCCAAUAGAUCCAGCCUGUGACCACCACAACCAUGUCCCAACUGAACUCAGUAGCGACCAGGAUCAAUUACAGUCCUGCAACCCAAUAGAGACCACAUGUAUAAAGAGACAACAGAAUGAAAGCCAAGUAGACUUCAUCAGGACUCUAAUACCAAACUUCAGCCCAGCAGAGUUAACACAUGGACUUGGUGGUCCAGACGCAGACAGACGGCACCAGGGAGACAGACAGAGUCCAAGCCCUCAGGCACAGAACCAGAGACUGAUACCAAAACAGGACCAUGGCACAGACAACCUGGUCCAGUCACCAGAACUAGACAACGGCAACCGCGGGUCAGAAUCCUGGACUGAGAGGGGGUGCAACCAUGGAAACAGGGGUACGGGGGGUGACCUGGAUAAGUAUCAGAGAAGCAGCGGAGUCCCGCCCCACAACAACAACAAUCACAUUCGGGUCAAGAGUCCAGACAGAGAUCAGAAGGCUGUGGGGUCUCCACCAGCACAGAGAAGAGGGCAGCUGUUUGCCCUGUACAACCACACAGGGGAGCUGUCCAGCUCUCUGAGGUUCUACUCCUUCAGGGUUCCACUGGGGCUGCAGAGAGAGGCGGGGCUAGUGACAGAGGUCAAUGCCCACUGGCUAGAUCACAUGACCCAGCAUUUCAUCAGUGGAGCUCGCCUUAUCGACGGUUUCUUUCACCUUGGAGACGACAAUGGCAGCGGGGUCUCCUCUGUGGACAUUGUGUUCAUCUUUCAGAGCUCCUCAGAAGAAACGCCACCCACUUCAUACGACGCCAUCGUGGUGGAGCAGUGGACCAUUGUCGAUAGUGUAGUGGUAAGGACGGACUACAUUCCCUUGCUCCAGUCUCUGGCUCCCUAUGGCUGGAGACUGAUGUGUGUUCUGCCUACUCCCAUCGUUAAGACCAACAGUGAUGGCAGCUUGUCCACUAAGCAGAUCCUCUUCCUCCAGAGACCUAUCCUGCAACGCAAAAGAAAAGACUUCAAGAAGUUGAACCUCAGGGGUCGGAACAAGGCGAAGAAAAACUCUGCCGGAGAAAUGUUGAAAGAGGAGAGAAAGAACAUGUCCCCAGUGAUGGAGAGAGGGAUGGAUGAACAGAAGAGGAACACGGAAGAGGAGGAGAGCAAAGCGAGAAGAAACUGGGACAACAACAGAAAUGAGAAAGGGAGCACCGUAGAGAGAGGAAGACUCAAGAGAGAAGAGGAGGAGAUAGAGUGUGAGACAGAAUCUCAAGAAGACUUCCCGCAGAGUACAGAGGGUGUGGCCACAGACUUCAACCAGGAAGUAGAGUGGGAGAAUGGCAAAGUCCCAUUGGCCAGACAGGAGAAGGCUGUUAGGUUUGCGGAUGUCAAUCAGAAGAAUGAUGAAGUGAAGUCAGAGGAAAUCACACAGCAGCUGAGUGAAAGAGCGCUGUUUUCUGGAGUAUGUUAAUUAAGAACUGACAGAUAGAAUCCGUGCACAACAAAGUGUCAGAGGAGUAAUGCUGGGGUGUAUUCAUUAUGAGGAUUCUGUUGCAAAACAUUUAAUCUGUUGCUAAACAUCUUGCAAUUGUUUGCUCCAAACGGAAAAUGUUUUGCAACUGAGUUUCUAUUGGACAAAAUCAGGUAGGUCCCUCCCCAUUUCAUUCCACUUGCUCAGUUUGCUUCCGUUUGGUUCUUAAACGGUUUCCGUUAAAGGACGUAAUGAAUGCCCCCAUGAUCUAGGUUCAGUUCUAUCUCCUAAAUCAUAAUGAAUAAGCAGGGGUAACUGAUUCUAGAUCAGCACUCCUACUGUGAGACACUUUGUGAAUACAGGCCCUGGCCUGGUUUCAAAUAGUAUUUGAGUUUGCAUGGUGCAUUGCCUGGAUGGAACCAAUGGACUAUUUCCAAACCCAGCCCACAUGACACUCUAGGCAGGCCCAGCCCACAUGACACUCUAGGCAGGCUUGCACAAGUUGUAACAUUUCAAACUAUUUAGUCCCAGGACCGGAAGUAAUACAUAUACAGUAUAACAGAAGAUGAAGAACUGUGUGUAUAUUCUAAGAACUAGUAGCUCAUCGAUGGAAACCAAGGAACUUACCAGUAUGGUGAUUUAGUUUAGCCUUUAUAUUCCUGUUAUUGUCAUAUAUAGAUUUCCAUAUGGAUCUGUGUAUGUUCAUAUGGACUGCUUCCAACAUGUAACGACUUCAAUCAGCCUUCAAGGCACACAUUUGACCUGUUGCCUCAGAUGUUGUCAUGUGGAGUAGGGUGAAGUUGCCCCUAGACACUGAUAUUGGGUCAGUUUAACAUUUCCUCCACCAAUGGUUAAGAUUAGGAUUGGGGCAGGGAAUCUGAUCCUAGAUCUGUACCUAUGGCAAACCUCACCCCAGAGUGUUGUAAUGUACUAGCGUAUUAGGCAUUAAUAUACAGUGGGGCAAAAAAGUAUUUAGUCAGCCACCAAUUAUGCAAGUUCUCCCACUUAAAAGAUGAGAGAGGCCUGUAAUUUUCAUCAUAGGUACACUUCAACUAUGACAGACAAAAUUAGGGGGAAAAAUCCAGAAAAUCACAUUGUAGGAUUUUUAAUGAAUUUAUUUGCAAAUUAUGGUGGAAAAUAAGUAUUUGGUCACCUACAAACAAGCAAGAUUUCUGGCUCUCUGUAACUUCUUAUUUAAGAGGUUCCUCUGUCCUCCACUCGUUACCUGUAUUAAUGGCACCUGUUUGAACUUGUCAUCAGUAUAAAAGACACCUGUCCACAACCUCAAACAGUCACACUCCAAACUCCACUAUGGCCAAGACCAAAGAGAUGUCAAAGGACACCAGAAACAAAAUUGUAGACCUGCACCAGGCUGGGAAGACUGAAUCUGCAAUAGAUAAUCUCCCUCAAUCUGGGGCUCCAUGCAAGAUCUCACCCUGUGGGGUCAAAAUGAUCACAAGAACGGUGAGUAAAAAUCCCAGAACCACACUGUAAUAUUUGUGUUGUGGAGAAAUGACCAGGCAGGAGACGGGAGUACAGUUAGUUGUCGUUUAGUCAAAAACCCCUUGUGCUCUACAGUUCGCGGCAUUCCAGUGCGCAUGUGCAUUUCCUAUUAGGUGUAGUAACGUAACACUGCCGUAAUGCAUUACUGCUUAGUAACAGCACAGUAACUAAUAUAAACAGAUGUAGAUCCCAGAUACUACACACACGGGGGGACCUAGUGAAUGACCUGCAGAGAGCUGGGACCAAAGUAACAAAGCCUACCAUCAGUAACACACUACGCCGCCAGGGACUCAAAUCCUGCAGUGCCAGACGUGUCCCCCUGCUUAAGCCAGUACAUGUCCAAGCCCGUCUGAAGUUUGCUAGAGAGCAUUUGGAUGAUCCAGAAGAAGAUUGGGAGAAUGUCAUAUGGUCAGAUGAAACCAAAAUAUAACAUUUUGGUAAAAACUCAACUCGUCGUGUUUGGAGAACAACGAAUGCUGAGUUGCAUCCAAAGAACACCAUACCUACUGUGAAGCAUGGGGGUGGAAAUAUCAUGCUUUGGGGCUGUUUUUCUGCAAAGGGACCAGGACGACUGAUCCGUGGAAAGGAAAGAAUGAAUGGGGCCAUGUAUCAUGAGAUUUUGAGUGAAAACCUCCUUCCAUCAGCAAGGGCAUUGAAGAUGAAAUGUGGCUGGGUCUUUCAGCAUGACAAUGAUCCUAAACACACCGCCCGGGCAACGAAGGAGUGGCUUCGUAAGAAGCAUUUCAAGGUCCUGGAGUGGCCUAGUCAGUCUUCAGAUCUCAACCCCAUAGAAAAUCUUUGGAGGGAGCUGAAAGUCUGUGUUGCCCAGCAACAGCCCCAAAACAUCACUGCUCUAGAGGAGAUCUGCAUGGAGGAAUGGGCCAAAAUACCAACAACAGUGUGUGAAAACCUUGUGAAGACUUACAGAAAACGUUUGACCUCUGUCAUUGCCAACAAAGGCUAUAUAACAAAGUAAACUUUUGUUAUUGACCAAAUACUUAUUUUCCACCAUAAUUUGCAAAUAAAUUCAUUAAAAAUCCUACAAUGUGAUUUUCUGGAUUUUCUUUUCUCAUUUUGUCUGUCAUAGUUGAAGUGUACCUAUGAUGAAAAUUACAGGCCUCUCUCAUCUUUUUAAGUGGCACAAUUGGUGGCUGACUAAAUACUUUUUUGCCCCACUGUAUGGACGUGCAUUUGUACAGUUCUUAUGCAUCUGCUUUUGUCCAGUGUCAUUGGUUCAUGUAAUGGCCAAUGAGAAUGUGCACAUAAUGUAGGUCAGGAUUUUGAGGUAAGAGCCUUAAUUGCCAUGGUAACAUCAAUGUUUUUCUCCUAACUAUGGAUCGCUGUUUAUAGAUCUAUAUGUAUCAAAGAAUACUGUACAUUUGAGUAGAUACUCUACUUCUCUAUUUAACCCAUUAUAGCCAAGGUCUAUGGCCCUGAGUGAAUACUUAAUCUGCAUAUCAUGAUUGGAUAGGUGUCAUGGUUCCACUGCAUAGCGUUCACCUAUCAUGUUGUGUCAGGUCAGUGAUUAUACUUUACGGAGUACGUUUUAGGAAUAUUUGUACGCCGUAGUCCCCUUCCUGCUCUGUAAGUGUGUUGUGUGAGUGGUGUGGUAAGCAAGUCUUUGGUAGUUUCCCAAUUGGAAACAUAUUCCCAUAGGGCUGGUCAAAAGCAGUACACUAUGUAGGGAAUAGGGUGCUAUUUGGGAUUUAACCUCCUGACAGACAAACAGGAGGAAUAAACAGUUCUCAAAACAA